CUUCUCUAGACAACGUCAUCUUAUGGCCGCAUUGAGAUUCUGUUUUCUAAAGAAGUCAUCCUUGCGUCCUGUGUAUAGACUUAGCCGAGCAAUGGGCACAAAGACGCCGACCGAUGCUCCUACAGGGCCAUAUUCCGGCCUUCCCGAUUUGCCCCCGAUAUCGAUUUUCCGGUCGCAAGGAGAGGGUUAUCCUUCGCCUGCGACUGCGCAAUGGCAUACGGAAGCGCAAGAGAAGCUGAUCGAGGGCAUUCGGGAGCUGCGGAAUGACCAUACCAGUGGAGCAAAGGAAUUGGCCACAAAGGCGGUGGCCCCACUAGUACGGAUCGCAAGAAUAAUUGAAAGCGGGCUGACCGGGGAGAAAUCGAGGCCGGGAGAGAAAAUAGACCACAAGGAUAAAUCUCAACUAUGGUGGGAUGCAGUCCGCAAGGCUGGCUGGGCUAUCUCUACCUAUGGAAGACCGAGUAUGGGGGCUGCAAUUACGGUGGCAAUCCUUAACGUUCUGGAAAAGCAAGAUAAAGCGGGAAGUGCUGCGGCCGCAGGGCCAGGUAACGAAUUGAUAAGUCAACGAGUCCAAGCAAUGGAAGAGUAUCUGCGUGACAGAGUGGACGGAGGGCAAAGACAAAUUGGGCGGAAUUUACGACAAUUUAUUCGAGACAAGAUUCUUGCUGAAGGUGUCGAGCGCAGAGUGACCAUCUUAACACUGAGUCUAAGUUCCACCAUCAAACAAGCCUUGAUGACAAUGCUUGAGCUCGAAAAAGGUUCGAAUUCACCCGGAAACAAGCAAGAGCUCAUGAUAGAUCUACGCAUCAUGGAAUCUCGUCCACUAUGCGAAGGAGCAGAACUGGCAAGAAUACUGGCGGCCCAGGCGGCUGGCAAGGGAUGUACCCAUAAUCUAAAAAUCCAGCUUGCAUCCGAUGCUAGCGUUGCCAUUCUCGCAAGAGACGCCGACAUUGUCCUUCUUGGAGCCGACCGGAUCUCUGGAUCUGGAGACAUCAGCAAUAAAACGGGCAGCCUCCCCGCAGUCCUGUGCGCGAAGAGCGUGUCAAAUAAAGCAGUGGUCAUCGCGUUAUCGGAUAUUGAGAAAGUUGCCAAGCCAGGGAGGAUGGAUGAGCACGAAGAAGAAGACAAUGAUCCGACGGAGCUUGUGAAUGCCUGGAGUCCGCAGGCGCAAGAAUGCAUUUCGCAAAAGGCAUGGAAGGAGAUGGUGAGGGUGAGAAAUGUGUAUUUUGAGUGGGUGCCUGCAAACUAUAUCGACCAUUACCUUUGCGAGACAGGGGUACUUUGCGUGGACGAUAUCAGGAAGCAGUCGGAGUGGGUACUGCAGGCCGAACAGCGGCUAUUUGGCGAUGUGGAAGGGCUGAACCAUGGAUGAAAGUACCACGGGGCGUCCGUUGGCUCUGCGGGCCCAACCAUGGAAAGCGUGGUGUCAUUCACCUCUUGUGUUGUAUGAACCC